UAGAACUGCUGUCUCAUUGUUCCAGUGACCUAAAUUGAACCUUAAUCUCCAGUGUUGUUUGUGUAGAUUCUGUACAUUCUUCCUCUGAUCACGAGAGUUUGCUCUGGAUACUAUUACCCCUCCUAAGUAUGUUCUGUUACAGAUUAACUUGCCACUUGUGUAUAGGGAAGUGGUAGAAGUAGGAUGUGUUGAUUAUUGUGAGGUUUUUAAGUGAGCCAUUAUAGAUUCACUCUUGCAGAUGAUUGUGUGCUUUGUCCUAGGGUAAUAUGGAAUGCAGUGCUUUUUAUUCUGUUAGAACUGAAUAGAAAACAUUGGGGGAGGGAGCUUGUAGAGUUCUUUAAAGUUUGGUUUGAAGCUGGUGCGCAGUGUAUUAAAUAUAACUACUAUGUUAGUGAUUGAAGGUUAAUGGGUUGAUGGUUUUAACAUCAAAAUACUUGGCAAAAAUGGAUUUCUUUGUUAGCAAGAAUGUGUGAAUUUAAAUAUUUUAAAAAGCUUUAAGUUCUUAGUUCCCUCAAGUGUGUUAUAAGAUCUGAUUCAGGACCUCAGCUUUCAUGGAUUUGUUUGAAGUUAUGCGGAUCACAAGUCGGCUCCUAUAGGCAAUCUUAUAAUUCACUCCAGCAACCAUUUGUAUCUCAAAGGCAAGAAGAGUCCAGAAGUAACAAAUUUUAAAGUAAUUGUAAAAACAUGAAAUGUAGAAGGGAGGAUAAGUCAUUUGAUUGCUCAUGCCUGCAGUAGUUUCAGAUAUCCAAUUCUGCCCAGAGAAAAAAUUUUUAUUAGCUGUUUCCUAAAUAGCUCACUUCUUGACUAUGUGACCCAUCAUUCUGGACACCUUAGCAAGGGGAAACAUCAUCUCCUCAUCUACCCAGAUGGAUCAAACAUCUGAUGAAGAUGUGGACCAUGCUGCAGAGGAAGAUAGUGAUAAAGAGGACCAGGACUUGGAUAAAAUGUUUGGUGCCUGGCUUGGUGAACUUGACAGGCUCACUCAGAGCCUGGACACCGGGAAGCCUGAAGAGCUAAAGAGGUCCCCACUUCGACAGGAAACUAAUCUAGCAAACUUCUCAUAUCGGUUUUCAAUGUACAAUCUGAAUGAGGCUCUGAGCCAAGGUGAUGGAGUGGAUCUGGAUGCACUCAUGGCAGAUCUCUGUACUAUGGAACAGGAACUCAGCAGUAUCAGUAAGGAACCCUCCAGACAAGACAGUAUGAGAAAAUCUCUCAAGGAGGUGGUAGCUGGUAAAGUGCACAGCAAAGAAACCAAACCAGCUCAAAAACAGUCCAUUAUUCAAGCAACUUCUAAGCAUGGAAGUUUGAAAGGAUCUUCAGCCAGAAGCCCGAAAUCUUUACAUUCCAACCUUUCUCUGGAUGAUAUCACUGCUCAACUGGAACAAGCCUCCCUCAGUAUGGAUGAAGCAGCACGCCAGGCCAGCACUAUGACACUUGAGAUUAAGCCCCCUGUAACCAGUCAGCAUCGACGAGCAGGCUCGGCUGGCACCGUCAGUGAUGCAGAUAUCCGCUCAACUAGUACUUCAUCUCGAUCCAGUAUUACUUCUGCUACAUCAAGCCAGGAUUCUUUAGACAUUGACAAGGUUACUCGACCACAGGAUCUUGAUUUGAACCAGCGAGGACAACUGGCAACAGAGCAUGUUCCCUCGAGUCGCCACAGUAAACAGGUCAGACGCCAUCUUGACUUUAUGGAGGAAGACUUGGAGCUAAGGACUCAUUCCUAUCUGGACAGGGAAACGUCAAUCAUUUUGAGAAACAUAGCUGGAAAACCUUCUCAUUUGCUGACCAAGGAGGAACAAGCUGCAAGACAAAAAGCGGAGAAAAUCAGGGUGGCACUGGAGAAGAUCAAGGAGGCACAAGUCAAAAAGCUGGUGAUACGGGUCCACAUGUCUGAUGAGAGUUCCAAAACUAUGAUGGUUGAUGAAAGACAAACAGUCAGGCAGGUGCUAGACAACCUCAUGGAUAAAUCGCACUGUGGAUUCAGCUCAGAUUGGUCAUUAGUUGAAACAAUUCCAGAACUUCAAAUGGAAAGGAUCUUUGAAGAUCAUGAAAAUCUGGUGGAGAACUUGCUGAACUGGACUCGGGACAGCCAGAAUAAGCUCACAUUUACUGAACGCAUUGAGAAGUAUGCUCUUUUUAAAAAUCCACAGAAUUAUCUACUGGGCAAGAGGGAAAACUCUGAAAUGGGAGACAGAAAUAAAGAAGCAUUACUUGAGGAAUUUUUCUGUGGAAGUUCUGUGACUGUUCCAGAGAUUGAAGGCUUACUUUGGCUGAAAGAAGAUGGCAAGAAAUCAUGGAAGAAGCGUUAUUUCCUACUCAGAGCUUCUGGAAUCUAUUAUGUUCCAAAGGGAAAAACAAAGACCUCUCGGGACUUGGCUUGUUUCAUUCAGCUGGAUCAUGUGAAUGUGUACUAUGGCCAGGAUUAUCGAAGCAAGUACAAAGCCCCCACGGACUACUGCUGUGCACUCAAGCAUCCUCAGAUACAGAAGAAGUCUCAAUACAUUAAGUACCUCUGCUGUGAUGACCUCAGAACUCUUCACCAAUGGGUGAAUGGCAUUCGCAUCGCCAAGUAUGGGAAGCAGUUAUAUGACAACUAUCAAGAUGCUGUGAAACGGGCUGAAGCUGCAUAUGAAUGGUCAUCCCUGUCCAGUGCAAGUAUGAAAUCCGGAUCCAGUUCUUCCAGUCUGCCAGAAUCCCAUUCAAACCAUUCAAAUCAGUCAGACAGUGGUGUUUCUGAUUUGCAGUCUACGGGUCAUGUUCGCUCCCAAAGUAUUGUCAGCUCCAUCUUCUCAGAGGCUUGGAAAAGGGGCACUCAAUUGGAGGAGCAGCAACAACACUCCAAGAUCAGGACAGAUUCAGUCAGAUCCUACCCUUCUACUGUGCCACCAACUUCCCCUCAGACCAGGGUCAGUGUGACUCAUGUGGCACCACAGCCCUCUCCUCCCCCACCACCACCACCUCCGCCACCACCUCCACCUCCCCCACCUGCUGCCACACUCAACAAAUACAGCACAAUCAGUAGAGAGCAGUCAAGCAAACGACCACCUCCACCUUCUUUUGCAACAUUGCCCAUGGGACAGCAGGUCCUCCCCCCACCUCCACCCUCACAACUUGUGAAGCCCCAGCUGCUGAUGGAAAGUGGUGCUCAGAGUACUUCACCAGUCUCCUCAAUGCCACCACCUCCAUCACCACUUCAGGUAGCCUCUACUCCAUCUCCUCUUAAACCAGAACUGCCUAGCCCUACUCCCAUGGUUCCUGCCUUCACACCUCCACCUCCACCACAGAAGUUGCAACAGCAAUGUGUUCUCUUACCUUCCCAGCAGUCCUUAGCUCCUCCUCCACCACCUCCGCCUCCACCUCCUCCACCACCUCCUCCAUUACCUCCGCUGCAGGGUACUGUCACCAAAAAGAUAGGUGUGCCUUUCGAGGCCCCUCUAAGUUAUCAACCUGAAAAAGCUUCCAAAGUAGCAACACAAAGUGCUGUUCAAAUGGACCUCCCUCCAGCACUGUCCCCUCCACCACUUUCAGUAAAAGCAUCUAGGUUCUCAGCUGCACAGGUCUCACUGCCUCCACCACCACCCUUGGGUCCCCUUUCUUCUCACCCAGCCACAACAAAGCAAUCAGUUGUGACUGCAGACCAAAUGCCCGUCAUUCCAUCUCCUGCUGUUUCCAUAGUGAAACAGUCCUUAAGCCAGUUCCAGCCUCUACCUGCAGCCUCAAGUGCUAAGUCAUCAUCUGUCCCACUUCAAACUCCUACUUCUCCCCCAGCUGUGAAAGCAAAACCGAAAUGGCAACCGGGUUCCCUCCCAUCACCUGAGUUUCCCCCUCCACCACCUGAAAGCAGUCUACCCCAACCUCCUCCACCUAGCCCUACCCCACCUCCCACCCCAGUCAAAUCAACUUCAGUCAAAAAACCUCAGAAAACAUCCAGCCCUGGUGGAAAGAAGCCACCUCCCACACCUCAGAGACACUCCAGUAUAAAAGGACCCAGUUGUACAGAUGCAAAAGAAUCCAGAAAACCCUUGGAAACUCUCGGUAAUAAGUCUGAACAACCAACAAUACCUUCAGGACCUCCCACACCAGAUAUGAAUGCUUCUCCACCUGCCCCUCCAAAGCCUGGUAAAUUAAAUUUGGCUGCAGUUAACUUGAUGUUCCCACCAGGAGGGCUGCCAAGCAAAGGACCAGGAGUUCCAGCUGUUCCAAAGGAGCCUGUUUCUGAGUUUCCUUCACCACCUUCAGAUUCAGAUUUCCCUCCCCCACCUUCAGAUCUAGAUCUUCUACCCCCUCCUCCACUGGAGAUGGCACCUCCUGGCUUUUCCAAUGCUCUCCCACUCAAGGUAGCAGUAGUGAAUCCUCAGCCUCAGACAUGGUCCAAAUCUUCAGUGAAGAAAGCACCACCUCCAGUACUUCCCAAAAGGAGUGACAGCACUCGCUUAACACAGGGAGAGUCUUUGGAACAACAGGUUCCUCCCGUUGCUUUGGUACCGGUGUCUCCUAAGCCUGCCUUGUCUGUGCAGCCUCAUUUUCUGGCUGACCUCAAUAGGACUCUGCAGAGAAAGUCCUUCACUCGACAUGGCUCACUUGCUUCCACACGACCAUCCAAGGCGGAACACACCACCAUGGACGACAUGGCACUUCCUCCUCCUCCUCCUGAAUUGCUUUUUGACCAGGAGUCAACCAGCUCAUAUGCUUCUGGCAACAUCUCAGGCUAUGCAACAUUGCGGCGUGGACCACCACCUGCUCCACCCAAACGGGGUGACAACACCAAGUUGAGUAGAGACUGUUAAUGAGUCAGCUGCCUGUGCACUGUUUACAUGCUGCCCUAUACACUCAUAAUCUGCAGAAUUCGAAGCGGUACAUUAACUGCUUUUCUUAAAACCCUGGCUGCGUACAUCUUCCAACCAAGUUAACUCAGUUACCCUUCGUAGGAUUGCUUGUCCUUGGAUCAGUGAAGUGUUGUGUUUCAUUUGUAAAGUCAAAUUGCUCUACUUCUGUAAAUAUAGAUGCUUUGAUAUAUAAUGGGACCUAGUGUUGGGAUAGAUGCUGAGUUUUUGUGAUUCAAAGCUUCCCAGUUAGUAAUGGGGGGGGGGGGGGGAGGGGGGAUGCGUGGUUCUGUCUCCAUUAACAUUGGAAGAUGUCUUAAUUGGCACCUUUCCAAUGUAAUAAAUAAUUUCCAAUGCAGACUUUUGUAAUAGGAAGCUCAGGUUUAAAGAGGGAUUAUCCCUUUGAAUUGUAAGGGAAGUACUGUUGUGUUUUUUUUCUGUUGAACUUCAACAUUUGCGUGUUUCAUGUCAAAAUAAAUCUGAGAGUAUUCUGAGCUCCUCAAUUUCACAUUUUCUGAUCACAGCAGAAUAAGGAAAUACUACAGUUUAAAGUAAUGGCAAAGAUUCUGAAAAAUACUAGUUAUCAGUUAAAAUCUGAUUUAAGUCUAAAAGUAGGACAGAUUGAGAACUAGAUUGCAUAGGUCUGACUGAACCUUCUCCAAACCAAAGUGUUGAUGGUGUAAACACACUAAAUUUCCAAGCUGGUGUAUUGAAGUCUAAAAGCAGAGCAGCAAUGAAUUUCAAAAAUGUUGAAAUUUUUUUGCACUCUAGGGAAUAGCCAUACAGGCGACCCCAGCAUUGCGACCGUUUGUAUAACAGAAAUUCACUUGUAUAGCAUUGAGAAAUCACUACCAAAAAUGAAUGGAAUUUGUGUAAGGAAAAAGGAACUAUUAUCUAACUUGCAUAUUUUGACAUUUGAACAGAUCACAUGGCUUCAGGUUAUGGAAGGUCACAAUGCAGACCAUUUUCUAGGAAUGCAACCCACCUGUAAUGUCGGGGUCAUCUGUAUUGCUUUGUACAGGUCAAAGAACAGGAUCAGGAUUGCAACCUUUUUUUUGCAAUUGUCUUACUUGUUUUCAUUAAUCCUUUAAUUGAAGGUUUUAGUUUGCAGAUGAGCUCAGUAGGCAAAAAGGUUCUAAGAUCCAAUCAUUGCUUUUCUCAGCCAAUAAUCAACUGAGGGAUACAGCUGGAUUUGUGCCUGUCAGCUGAGGAAGUCAGUAAUUGCUUCAGAUUCACUGAACAUGUACAGUAGAAGUGAAAAUUUGGCUGGGUUAUGAUGCCCUUUUCCUGACAUUAUAAAGAAGGUAAUAACUUGGAAAAUAUUGCUUGGGCAUCCAAGUGCAGCAAGGCACUUGAGAGAAAAGGGGGACAGAAGUGGGGGAUAAAGUAAUUGCCUUAAACAUACAAGGAAAAUAAAGUCUGAUUUCACAACAGACUCGGACAGAAUUUUUUUUUCAAACCAGUUAACUAAUAUGCCUGCUUGUAGAAAUGUCAGCUAGAUCAAAGAGCCAAAAACUUUUUAAAAAAUAUAUCUUUUCAAAAAAUGAUCUAAGGUUCUAGUCCACUGCUCUGUGACCUACAGUUUAUGCUGUAUGACAAGGUUGUGUCUCAGUUUCUUAGGCAGGUUUCACCCAUGAAGACACCAACCCUGUUGCCUUACAGAAUAUAGUAAGACAAGGUUGGAAGUCACAUGCAAGUAACAAACCUCUACCAUCCUUAUGGCAUAUUUGCAUUCUAUUUGCAUUCAUGCUCCAGGUAACAAACUGAUGACUACAGAAAACCGUUUGUGUUAAGUGAUCCUUCCAGUAUACCAUGCGUUGUCUUUUAUUGCAUGAGAGAUCUUCCUGUAAAUUUCAAUGAAACUUUAGAGUAUUCAGCCCAUUGGGACUGUACCAGCUUGUUAUUUUUGUAAUUGGCCGUGCAAUUUUUUUUCCUGGGAAUGGAAAAUAGGUACCUACCCUAUUUCUUUUUAAAUCCAAUCCUGCAUCAUUUCAAGCACAAUAACAGAUCACCAAACCUCACUGUGUAAAAGAAAAUAUUUCCUCAUUCGCUUCCUUUUAACACCUAUCUUAAUUCUGUGUAUGCCGGUUACCAGCAAUCUUACCAGUGAAAAUAAUUUCACUUUAUUAAAUGCCUUAAUAAUUUUGAAGAUCUCUAUUAAAUCUUCAUUUCUUUGCUCCAUGAGCAAUCACAGCUGCUUUAGUCUCUUUAAAUAACUACGCCCUCUUCACUGGUGUCUUCUUCCCAGCACUAAGUACAGUGACAAUUCUAUUAUACCUAUCAGCACUUUAUUUAUUGUUUUACAAUGAACAAUUCUAUAUCCAACACUGCUUAUAGUCAUAUAGUGAAGUUCAGCCACCAAUUUUAUGUUUCAAUAUUAGUGUGGCUCAAAUAUUACCAGCUGGCAUCAGCUUUGUGGGGAAGAUUGAUUCCAGUGAUUGUUUUAACUGCUACUUGGUGUGAAAAUUUUGCACAUCUGCCAGUCUUCUGCACUGAGUUCCAGUGACAUAUUGUAAAAUGUUUCCAUUUCCCACAGUAAAACCCUGUAUAUUGAUAUGUUCUCAUUCCUACAGUCCAUCUGUAGGAUAUUCCAGUAUACGACAAAGCACCCCACAUACAGUCUUCGGUGCAGCACCUUAUGCAUUUACUUCUGAACACCUAGUGUCUAGUAUUCCCAUUUACUACAGAAAAUCUCCCAUACAGUGUUCAUAUUCCCUGCAGAAUGGUGGGUACAGAUUCUUUUCGUUCUCUGCGGCACCUAGUGUUCUGGUAGAGUAUUCCUAUUCAUUGCAGCAUUAACUGUGGACAGUAUUUGCAUUCAUUAAAGCAUUUGUGCUGUAUACAGUAUCCCAUUUCACUGCAGCACACCCUACCUACAGUAUUCCAAUUCAUUACGGUGCUUCCUGCAUACAAAUAGUAUUCCCUUUCAUUAAAGUGCACCCUGUGUACAGUCCUCUCAUUCACUGCAACAUAUCCUAGUAGCAUUCAGUGCCUUCCCAUUUACUGCAGACUACUCGUUCUAUGGUGCUCCUAUUCACUACAACUUUGAAAGCACUUCAUCCAAAUAGUUAAAAUAGAUUUUAGUGCCCUGUUCAAGCUUGAUAAGUGCUCAUUGCACAGGUGUGAACUCAGCUGAAUCAGAUUUUAUACUUGCCUUGAUGCCAUUGUCCUUUUUUUCAAUUUGUAUAUCACCCAAGGAUUAAAAGACAAUGAUACAAUGCUUGGUCUCCUUGAAAGGAAGUUCUAAAUGGAAGCUAUUGUGAUAAAUACUUUCUGCUACAUGUUGCUUAUUUAUAAUUUAUAUAUUUUCCUUAACAAUGAAAGAAUAAUUAAAUUUAAUUUUCUGGUAUCUGAUCUGUUCAAGUACAAUUUAUUAUCACUGGUUUUUAUAAAUUUCUGGAUAAAAACGAGAGUAUGGUUUAUGGGGAAAAUACAGAUAGCACAAAUAAUCUAAUAGUAAGAUCUCUUGCCAUUUAGCUUAAAUCUUUGAUUACCUGCCUUUCUGUUGUCAUUAUUUACUCUAAAUUUUUAUUGAUAUUAAACCUCCCUUCAAUCCUUAAGGCCUAAGAAUAAACCUGUAUCUCAGUCUCUCCAUAUAAAUAAAUCCCUUUAUUGCUGGUAUUCAUUCUAAUAAACCCCCUUUUACCCCCUCCAAGGCUUUGACAUUCUUCCUUCUUUGUAGUUCAAAGAAGUUGAACAUGGCCCCUAACAAAGUACUAAUUAAUGAGUUAGAAAGAUUUAUUAGACUCCUUUUUUUUUAUUAACUCCUGUUCAUAAAACCAGGAAUAUCAAAUUCUGCCACAAUUUGUCUUAGCACCUACAACGAUUCAGUACUUUGAUCUCCAAGUCACUGCCCUGUGCUACUUUAAUAUUACUUUGUUCAUACUGUUUCACCUCAUUCUUAAUUUAAAAUGUCCCUGUAUUAAAUGUAAUCUGGCUUGAAUCUAUCAUCCUGAAAUUUGCUGCAACCUUUCUCAUAGUGUACUGUUUUAAGUUUCUUGCCAUCUAAUUAAUAUUUAUUGAAGAACAGAGAUCCUAAAACUGAAAUUGAACAGCAAAACGGCACUUUUUUGAAGACUGAAAAACCGCUGCCACCAAUUUUGUCCUUUUACAGAUUAUCUGGAAAUAAAAAGGAAAUGACAAUUUGAUUGAGGAACAAGUAUUGAUUAGGGUAUUUGUAAAUUUAUAUUUUUAGGAAUAAGAAGUGAUUUUAUGUCAUCAUGUGGAUAUGUAGAGUGCUGCCAUAAAAACAUUUCCUCUGUCCUCCUUUAGAUGUACAUGGUUAAAACAGCUCCAUCAUGUAAUUCACUCCCAAAAGAAAAGUAAUUUGAAAAUCUCUUAAGUAUAUUUUUUUUAUUCUGAGAACCAAUCAGUCUGGCUAGGAAAAAAUUUAACUUUGGUCUGAAUGUCUUGACAUUUGAUGAAUAAAAGGAGAAAAUCUACAGCCAUUUUAUGAGUUGGUUGGAAAGUACAUAAUUGGAUACUGCUGAAUGAAAUUGUGGAAGAAAUUUUUAACUUAGGGAAUCCCAUAUCAAUAAGUAAGAAAUGCAGAUGCUGGAAAUCUGAUGUAUGAGCAGAAAUCUCUGGAGAUACUCACCUGGUUAAAUGACACCUAUGAUCAGAGUUUGUAUUCUGGCAACAAAACAAUCUGAUGUAGAACAUUUUUGCUGGAUGAAUUUUCAGUUUAGUUUGGUGCAUGAUCAGGAAGCACAGGAGAAAAUUCUAUUUUAUUCAUAAGAGAAUCAAGAGCAAAAUAUGAAGCCUGCUCAUCUAUUAGCUUCCAUUACCGCUAAUGCCAAGAGUUUGGUCAUGGAUUUUGUCUCUAUGUCUGUCUGAUGUUAUUUUAGAAUACAGCUCUGAUAUUGGAUCUGAAGUAACAUCAAACCUUUUGAGGUGACCUAGAAAAUGAUACAAUCUCCUGUACUUUCCUUGUUCACAGGAUUGGGAUUAUUGCUGAAAAGAUUUGCCAAUUUGCUCCAAUAUAUUGAUUGACUAAUACAAAUUGCAAUCACACUAUACUGGUGAUAGAGGUAGGAAAAGGAGACUGAGCAAAUAAUUAGAUGUUUUGUAGAUAGUAUUCAGCUUACUGUGUAUUGUAGAUGGAAUCUUUGAGGAUCCAGAUAGUGAGCAGAGACUUAUUGUUGCCAGUCAUAGGUAGCCUUUGUUGUUUCUUUCCAAUCCACAUGAUUUCUUUCUGAUAAAUUUUCCUUGCUUCUUAUGGACUAUACAUGCAUUUUGUACUGGUAGAGUUGUCUGUGGUGGACUGAGGAAGAAGACUCAAGUGGUCAUUCGGCUUUUCAUGGGGAAAGGUAUCUUAUGAUUCCCAACAGCUGUCACUCAAAGGAUCAAAUGGGAAAUUGUUUUUUUACACUGUAAAUUGUCUGUUGCACACUUGGUCCAUAAAAAUCCUCAUGGAAAGCUUGAUAUUAUCUGUGUGUGGUUGAUGUAUGCUUUGGAGAAGAUUUAACACAAUGAAGAGAAAGGAAUUUGUAAUCCAUUGUGAGCAUCCAUAUCUGUUUAAAAUCAUUUGAAAAUAAAGUAUUGUUGAGAUUUUAGACUUUCUUAUCUAUCCAUGCUCCUGUUCAAACUCACUGCUGAUAUGGGGAAAGGGGUGAAUGGGGAAGGACAGCGGUAAUAGGAGUGAAUGUGAAAAAGGACAAGGUUUGUACCAAAGACAAAAAUGAAUUAUUUUUAGCCAAAGAAUUAGUAGUGGUUGGUGAAUUAUUGAGCUGGAAGAUGCUCAUGCGCAUUGUCCUUUUAGGACUGUUUCUGGUUUUGCCAUUGUUAAUAUGGUUAUAUCAGCAGAGAGAAAAUCUGUUAUCAAAGGACUUGAGUUAAUGCAAAGGAUUUGGAUUGGUUUCUGCUGUUUAUAAAUCUCUCUUUGUCUCACUCUCUCCCCCCCUCCCCUAGAUUUAGUAGGGUAGCUCAAUUUUCUAAUAAAUGAAACACAGACUCAGAUGAUUGUUCUGCUUGUCUUUCUGCUUCAGUAAUCAUGAACCCCACAGACCAACCUUCUAAGUGCUGGAGUCAACUGCAGUUCUGGCAAAGACCAGUGUCAGUGUUGUUGCUGUGUGUAUCUAGGAACUGUAAUGUCUUCUUCUCUUCUAUCAUUUUGUCGAUACACAAUUCUCAUUGGAAUGCAAUCAAAUCAUUAUUAGCUAUGUUUGAUUCUGUAUCGCCUUCUGUAGUAUUGCUGGAGGUGGUUUGUGAAGAUAGAUGAGAGGUCGGUAUGUGGUUGUUCCAAGAGGUCCAAGAUGGGUGUAAUUCACUGUUUAAUGUAAGCUCAGCUCCUCACUGGUAUCUGUAUAAUUCUGGGAGACUGGAGAAUGUUUUGCCUUUAAAUGGACACGAGUAUCAGCCUGAACCCUAUCUGAACAGAUUAAAAAUGUUGCAGCCAUUUGCAACCUACCAUGAUCAAGUUAAAGCCAUGUUUCUAUAUUAUAUUAAGGUAAACAGUGCUGAUUUUUUGUUUUGUUGUAUACUUUAUGAAUGCUGCUGGGUAACUGUAGGGGCUGUUGGCUUUGUUCAUCAAUGUAAACCAAUUGCCACAACUUACAAAUAUAGGCCACUCUCAUCACUUCUCUGGGAGUGGUCAGCUGGCUGGCCUCAAGGGACUGAUCAUGUGUCAAAGUGGGAGUGUAAUAUUGUAUAUAAUUUCUGUCCCCCUCCAUGUUCACUUUAAGAGAACAUAUGCAAGUUCAUUUUUUAAAUGUAAACUCUAAAAUGUAUUAAUACUGAAGACUGUAAUUAAUGCAUGACAAACUUAUAACAGUUUUUAUGACAAUAAAUUGAUUUCAACUUG